UGAACUUUUGUUAUACUCAUUACCAUUUGAAUUUGAUUGGAUCGAGUAGUACGUCAUUUCGCCAACUCUUUUAGGUAAGAUAAUAAAUCUGAGGAAUGUUGAGUGAAAUAAAUCAUACAAUAUGGACUUAUCAAUUUCUUGAAGUUUUCAAAUAGCUACAGUAAGUCCAAAAACAACAUACUACUUAUCUAAGUAAAGAUUUGUAUUUCUCAAAUGGGUAAAAAUUUAAGUCAAUCCAAAAACUGAUGAUGUCUAUAAAUUCAAAGAUUUCUCAAGCGUAAAAAACAUGAAAACCAUGCAGAAACAAGCUAUCAUUAGAAGGUGGUGUGGGAUUAAGAAGAAGAAGAUCAAAAUGGUAGCAGGAAGCAUAGCAAAACGAUGGAAACAUUUAAGUGGUGAAAAUAAUUGGAAGAACUUAUUAGAGCCUCUUGACAUUGAUCUCCGGCGAUUUAUUAUUCAUUAUGGUGAAAUGGCUCAAGCUACCUAUGAUGCUUUCAAUUCCCAGAAAGCAUCAAAAUUUGCAGGAAGCAGCUUAUAUGCAAAGAAUGGUUUUUUCUCCAAAGUUGGUUUAGAUAAAGGCAAUCCCUACAAGUACACAGUAACCAAGUUUUUUUAUGCAACAUCACAAAUUCAGCUUCCUGAGGCAUUUAUUGUUAAGUCUUUGUCAAGAGAAGCUUGGAGUAAGGAGUCCAUUGGAUGGGGUAUAUAGCAGUGGCCCAAUUGGAUGGGGUAUAUAGCAGUGGCCACCGAUGAAGGGACUGCUGUUUUAGGAAGGAGAGAUAUUGUAAUUGCUUGGAGAGGUACAGUGCGGACAUUAGAAUGGGUUGAUGGUCUUGAAUUUGUUUUAGUCUCAGCUUCAGAUUUACUGGGCGAGUCCGGUAAUGAUCCUAAGGUACAUCAAGGUUGGCAUUCCGUUUAUACUUCUGAUGAUCCCCUUUCGCCUUUUAAUAAGAGCAGCGCAAGAGAUCAGGUUCUUAAUGAGGUAAGAAGACUAGUCGAGAAAUACAAGAACGAAGAAAUAAGCAUUACAGUAUGUGGGCACAGUUUAGGAGCUGCACUAGCAACAUUAAAUGCAGUUGAUAUAAUUGCAAAUGGGUUUAACAAGUCAAAAACGUUUCCAAACAAAGCUUGUCCAGUCACAGCAAUAGUCUUUGCUAGCCCUAGAGUCGGUGACUCAGGGUUCAAGAAAGUGUUUUCAGGGUAUAAAGAGCUUCGGGCAUUAAGGAUUCACAACAAUCUUGACAUUGUUCCUAAUUAUCCAUUGAUAGGAUACGCAGAAGUUGGAGAAGAACUUGUAAUUGAUACUACAAAAUCGAAUUACCUAAAGAGUCCAGGAAACGUUUCCAGUUGGCAUAACUUGGAAGGUUACUUGCAUGGAGUAGCAGGAACGCAAGGCUCUAAAGGAGGAUUUAAGUUAGAAAUUAAUCGUGAUAUUGCUUUAGUAAACAAAUCUUUAGAUGGUUUAAAGGAUGAGUAUCUUGUACCACCUUCAUGGUGGAUUCAAAAGAACAAGGGUAUGGUGCAGCAAUCAGAUGGUUCCUGGAAAUUGAUGGAUCAUGAAGAAGAUGUUGCAGAAGAUAUAUAAUUAAUUAAUUUCAUUCGGUUAAGCUGAUUUAGUUGAGU